CAGCCGGAGCCCCUUUCUGCAUGUAGUUCGAGUUACAAUAUUAGAAUGUGCGCUGCAGCGGGGCGAUGCUGGACAGCGGCGGCCAGAGGGAGACGAGCGGAGGAAAAGGCUGUUUACACAGACGGCAGAGCGCCUGGGGAAUAAUGCGGGAGAGGAAGUGAGCCGGCACUCUGUCUGCCUGCUCCAACUUCCUGCUCUGAAGAAGAAGAAGGGAAAAAAAACGCGCAGGAUCCCAUUACAGUCGAGCGGAGCAGUCGGGGCGGCAGUCAGCAGCAUGGAAACAGAGCGGAUUUUAAUACACGCUUUUUAAAAGUGUCACCGAGGGGAAAAACCGCACGUCUCACGCCUGGGGAUGGAAAGCGCGAUCACACUAUGGCAGUUCCUGCUGCAGCUGCUCCUGGAUCAGAACCACAAGCACCUGAUCUGCUGGACCUCCAACGAUGGCGAGUUCAAACUGCUCAAGUCCGAGGAGGUGGCCAAGCUGUGGGGCCUGCGCAAGAACAAGACCAACAUGAACUAUGACAAGCUCAGCCGUGCCCUGCGCUACUACUACGACAAGAACAUCAUCAAGAAAGUCAUUGGGCAGAAGUUUGUGUACAAGUUUGUCUCCUUCCCGGAGAUCCUGAAGCUGGACCCUCAGGCAGUGGAGAUGGGCCGGGAUGGAGGCGGGGCCAUGCUUCAGGAGGCAGAACAGCUGGGGCCCGAGGGUGAGGACGACUCCCCGAAGAUGUCCCUUUCCGCCCUGCGAGGCGCCGCCUGCCGUAGCGACUACCUCCAUUCGGGCCUCUACUCCUCCUUCACCAUCAACUCCCUGCAGAACCAGCCGGGGCUGCUGCGCGCCGUCAAGGUUGAGCCACGGUCCGAGCGACAGGACGAGGCGCGCACAGUCAUCCGCUUUGUGGCCAACCGUGCCGAGAAGGGCGGGGCAUCAGCGGUGGUGUCCUUGCCCUCGUCGCCACCCUCCUCCUCUUCCGUGGAGGCCUUCCUGACCUCCAGCCCCGCCCUGUCUCCGCAGCUCUCCUCAUCGCACUCAACCUCCCCUUCCCUCAGCCCCGUCUUACUGCCCCGGGAGGGGCGGAGCCCCGAACCAGAUGCGGAGGACCCAGAGCAGGCAGCUCAGCCCCUGAACCUGUCGGCGGGCCACAGAGAGCGCGGCCCGCUGUCUGCCGAGAAGAGGGGCAGCAGCAACGGACUCCCGUCCAAAGCCAAGAAGCCCAAGGGCCUGGAGAUCUCAGCGCCUUCCCUGCUACUGUCCGGCAGCGACAUCGGCUCCAUCGCCCUGAACAGCCCGGCGCUUCCCUCCGGUUCACUGACCCCAGCCUUCUUCACUGCACAGCAGACUCCCUCAGGGCUUCUGCUGACGCCAAGCCCCUUGCUGUCCAGCAUUCACUUCUGGAGCAGCUUGAGUCCGGUGGCCCCCCUUAGUCCUGCCCGGCUGCAGGGCCAUGGCUCCCUGUUCCAGUUCCCCACCCUUCUCAACGGACACAUCCCGGUCCCCAUCCCCAACCUGGACGGCACCUCCUCGCCCCUGCUGCUGUCCUCCAGCGCCCAGAAGUCCUGAUCCAAGCCCACAGACUCACCCCACCCCGAAGACACCAUCCACCAACAUCGGCACCACCACCAUCAGUCCACUCAUCGCACUCCUCAUCCUAGCACCAUGCGGACAUCGUAACUGCUGCUGUUGAACCCAGAACCGCAGUAAGACCAUGUACAGUGAGGCCUUUUUCCUUUCCUGCAAGUAAUUAUUUUUGUAAACUUUGCUUUUAUCAGUGUAACUUCCUUUAAUGAGACACCCCUCAUCAGGGUGAUCAGAGCUCACUCUCUCUCUCUCUCUCUCACUCACACACACACGCCGCAGCGCACUGACAUUGACACCCAAGGAACCAAAGACUCAAACAUUUCAAGUGCGUGAAGCCGGCUGGAAUACAGUCUCGUCCCAUUUAAUUUCCACGACUGUCUUCUCAUUAGGACACUAGUGAUUCCGAAGAUCCAGUCAGUAUUUGCAGUCAGACUUUCGUUUCGUACGUACGCUUCGCAGCGUGCAGGUAAGAAGGGGGGUUGCUCGUUUUUUCUUUCCUUUUUUUUUUCCCCCCAUCGUUAUAAUUUCUCUUGGAGGCUGUGAAUCUCGUUCUGUUCUAUCCAUGUUUUGUGUUGUAUUGUAAUGAAUGGUAUUGUAUUGUAUGCACUGUGCUUCACACUUAGUGCCGGCUGUGCCUUCUUAUUGUAUGGA